AGAGCGGGGAUCCCAUGUUCCGGCACUUAUUAGUGUUGCGUUCACAUCCCGGAUCUGCUGGAAUUUAUGUCCAUAGCCCCCCUUUGUGGAGGAGCAUUGGACGUUGUUACUUCUUCUUCUUCGGUAGUUAGGUCCAUCCCCCUUCGCCUCCCGGACUAAAGCUCAGUACUUUGUCCUCCCCUCCUUCUCUCCCUUCUGUAGUGAGAUUCUUUGCUGAUGUCGUGAUGCAUAUGUCCGUGCUAUUGCUGCUCGUCCCCCCUUCUCGAUCGCCGCACGUCGGUCCAACGUCUCUGCGACUUUGCUGCAGUGGCCGAAACAGAUUGCAAGCCUCAUUGAUGCACGAUGUGGAGAGCUGAGAUUUUUAAGUGGGUAGAUUCAGAGCUCAGUAGUUGCAGUGGCAAUUGGAAGCGUGUGCAAAUCAUGGAGAGUCUUCGAACAAUUCUUUAGAGCCUGAGAACUUCAUCUACAACUUGUCGUCGCCGCCAGCAGGGAAAUUGGUUAACCAGAUUUUAAAGAAUUGCAUCCAUGAAGUUCGUACCACUCAAAAACGAUGUGGUUACUUCCCAAGAUACCACCAAGGUUGGGACGUCGAGGUUGGGGUCUUUUCGGAUCGGAUCCUUCAGAUUAGGGUCAUUCCGGGAGACGCCACCUAAAGAUUCUAGAGAUAGGAGAUCAGGAUCCAGCAAAAUGUCUACGAGUCACGACUCGGAGGAUGAAUCUUACGAAACAUGUAACACAAGGUUUAUUGCCGCUGUUGAGCCUGGCGAAGAGGUCGGCACUAAGCAAGUCGAUCCUCCUGUCAGCCAUACUUUCUUGAGAAAACCAAAUAGCAACAGUAAACCACACAAGUCGAAUGACAUAAACUGGGAGGCCAUUCAGGCUCUUCGAGCAAGAGACGGGUCUCUGGGUCUAAGCCAUUUCAAGCUGCUCCGGAGACUUGGUUGCGGAGAUAUCGGCAGCGUGUACUUGUGCGAACUGCGGGGCAUGGAUUGCUACUUUGCAAUGAAGGUGAUGGACAAAAGUGCCCUUGCCACCCGGAAGAAGCUUUCACGGGCUCAAACAGAGAAGGAAAUUUUGGCAUCACUUGAUCAUCCUUUUCUUCCGACGCUUUAUGCUCACUUCGACACGGCUCAAUUCUCGUGUCUGGUUAUGGAGUACUGCUCUGGAGGCGACUUGCAUUCUCUUCGACAGAAGCAGGCGGGAAAGUGCUUCUCCGACAUGGCUGCCAAAUUCUACGCUGCUGAGAUCCUUUUAGCACUGGAGUACCUGCACAUGAUGGGCGUGGUGUACCGCGACUUGAAACCAGAGAAUGUUCUCGUGCGGGAAGAUGGCCACAUCAUGCUCUCUGAUUUCGAUCUGUCUCUCCGUUGCGCUGUGAAUCCCAGCCUGAUCAUGGCUCAGCCCAACCUUGCAGCGCUGCCAUCCCGGAACGGACGAAGGGCCACAUCCGAAAUCUGGAUGUUGGAACCUCAACAAGUUGCCCUUCAAUCGUGCGUCCCCAUGAUUUCUAGUCAGUACCGGUUCCGCAAGCCCAUGUCACUCCGGUCUAAGCGAUCUAACCGGUCUGAUAAUGACAAGGGCACCGCGUCCCCUCCUUCUAUGCCGGAGCUUGUGGUCGAGCCCACCGAAGUUCGCUCUAUGUCAUUCGUCGGGACGCACGAGUAUCUGGCUCCUGAAAUCAUCUCUGGAGACGGCCACGGCAGCUCAGUGGAUUGGUGGACAUUCGGUAUUUUUCUCUACGAGCUCCUGUAUGCCAAGACACCAUUCAAAGGCGCCGACAACGAGCUCACCCUCACGAACGUAGUCUCACACCCCCUGAUCUUCCCACCUAAUACCGACACCGUAAACGUCCCCGACUGCGCAAAGGACUUGAUCAGAGGUCUCUUGAUGAAGGACCCUAUGAAGCGAAUCGGUUCCAUUCGCGGCGCUGGCGAGAUCAAAGCCCACCCCUUUUUUGAGGGGGUGAAUUGGGCAUUGAUACGGUGCGCUUGUCCUCCGGAGGUUCCUAAGCCUUACAGGUCUGAGCUGGCUGCCGUCGCGGGAGUACCCACCCUUGGACAAGCUUUGGCGGACGAGAAAAAGAAAGCCACGGGAUGGAGUCACGAAGGUGACAAUGCGGUCUCCGAGUUUGAGUGCUUCUAAUCAAGUGCCAACUUCUCAUGAAUCAGUUGAGCUGCAAAGACGCUCUAUUUAGUUUUGCCCACUUUUUGUCACAAUCUAUUGUGCUUUUUUCCUUUUACUAACUCCCAUUCUCAAAUCGUCAACGCAAGCAUAAGAAUACGACCGCGAAUCACACGAAUACAUAUCUUUGUAGGAGACGAUGGCGACAAUGUUUUUCUCGAGUCCCAGGGUGUGUCAAUUUGUAUGCAAGGAUUGACUAGUCACGGCGCUCAAGCCGUGUCAAUAGCGUGUGAAUAAUCAAGAAUGGAGGAGAUGCACCGUUUGCAACCCUCUGUCGAUGAUUCAUCGCCACCCAUGUCGUCACCGAAAGCGUGAAGAGAUUUAGAACUCACCGUUGAAGACUGAGUAGACUAGACCGCUCUUCACCCUAACGAUGCAGUCUUAAAAACUUUGUGACAGUGAAUUACACUUCUAUUUUUGUACAGUUGUAGAUUUGUAGAUGAGGUAUGGGGCCAGGCUUUUGCAACAGCAUGAAUUAUUAUUAUUAUUCUGGAGACAGUGACUUGACCUACGAGAUCCAUCUCGACAUCGUUCCGGUCACCAUCUGGGUUAAAUCUCCGACUUGCUUGGGUUUUCUUGCCGUAAGGCUUUAUUAAACCAGCAUAUAUGAAUCUAAAUGUAACUAUCAAACUGAAAAUGAAAAUAUGUACACUUGAUUA